UUAAGAAUGACCCGGAUGAGAAAAACUCGAACUCAAGAGAGACUACUACAACAUGGCAGCGUACACAGGUGAUGAUGAGUGCGAGGUGUGUGAUGAUGUACCCGAGCUGUCUGACAGUGAUGAUGAACAAUGGCAGUCAAUGGAGGAGGGAUCUGAACUCAUGACAGUCCUGUGUGUGCUGUGUGACAGGACUCUUACCUCUGUGUCUGAGACAUUACAACACUGUAAGGCAGAUCAUGGUGUGGAUAUUCCAGAACUUGUCCAAAAACACAGGCUUGAUGAUUAUAGCUACAUAAAGAUGAUAAACUACAUUAGGACUUCAAAAUGUUCUGCAGAGAGUUUGUUACUGGCUUCAAAUGGCCCACUGCCUUGGAACAGUGAUGAAUAUAUGAAACCAGCUAUACCAGAUGACCCAUUACUGCAGAUAGAUGUUGAAGAGUUGAGUGAGGCUGCAGCUGUGACGUUGAGCCCUUCGGCUGGUGAUCAGGUGCCUGCUCUGCUUCAGAGAGCCAGACAGGCUGAAGACAGAGCUCAGAGAGCUGAGGAAGCCUUGGCCCGGGCCAUGGAGGAUCUGCACAAGCUCAAAUUGUUGGCACAAGGUCUAGUGCUGAACGCAGACACAAGUCGUGGUCCUUCAUGCUCGGGGGCCAUUGCUGAGUUAAGAGAAGAUGAAGACGAGGCCUACUUUAGCUCUUAUGGGCAUUACAGCAUCCAUGAGGAGAUGCUGAAGGACAAGGUGCGCACUGAGAGCUAUCGAGACUUCAUGUACCGCAACAUGGACGUCUUCAAGGACAAGGUGGUGCUUGACGUGGGAUGUGGUACGGGAAUCCUUUCCAUGUUUGCCGCCAAAGCGGGAGCCAGGAAGGUCAUUGCUGUCGACCAAUCAGAGAUCAUUUACCAAGCCAUGGACAUUGUCAGAUCAAAUAAACUUGAAGACACCAUCACACUGAUCAAGGGCAGAAUAGAGGAAAUUGACCUUCCUGUGGAAAAAGUGGACAUAAUCAUUUCAGAAUGGAUGGGGUACUUCCUGCUGUUUGAGUCAAUGCUGGACUCCGUGCUCUACGCCAGGGAUCGGUACCUUGCAGAAGAUGGUUUGGUCUAUCCAGACCGUUGCAAUAUCUGCCUGGCGGCGGUGGGGGACACUCAGAAACACAGUGACCGCAUUGCAUUCUGGGAUGAUGUGUAUGGCUUCAAGAUGAUGUGUAUGAAGAAGGCUGUGAUACCAGAGGCGGUAGUGGAGGUGUUGAAGCCCGAGACGGUCAUUUCAGAGCCUGCAGUGAUUAAGACUAUUGACUGUGGCACUGUGACUGUGUCUGAGCUGGAGUUCACUGUAGGCUUCACUCUGAAGAUAACGGCCAGCACAUUGUGUACAGCCAUCGUGGGCUAUUUUGACAUUUUCUUCGACAAGAGCUGCGGAAACAAGGUCAUGUUCUCCACUGCUCCAGACUGCACUAAGACUCACUGGAAACAGACCGUGUUCUUACUGGAAAAUCCUAUCCCUACCAAAGCCGGAGAAGAACUUCCAGGUCAAAUCACGGUGCAUAAGAACAGGAAGGACCCCAGAGCGCUGCUGAUCACACUUGACAUCGCUGGCCGGAAGCAAAACUACAGCCUCCAGUGAAGAGAUUGUUUUACUGGGGGGAAAAACACAUACUUUGGGCAAUCCAUUGUUUAAUAACUUUUUCAAUUAAAAAGCUUUUUCUACCAAACGUCACUCAUUCAUGGGUUCGAUGUAUAACUUGAGUUGUCAUUUUUCCCAAGUUCUUUUCUCCAUGAUAAAUAACAGGACCAUAUAUUGAAUCAUCAACAUGGGCUUUUGAUAUAAAGCAAUGGAAGAAAAGCAUUUCCUGUUUAAGUAAUGAGUGAAUAAACAAACGUGAAUAAACAAGUAUAAGCUAC